AUGACUACCACCCUCCGUCUUCGAAUCGCCGACCUAGACGAAGAGAUUAUUCGCCAGAGACGAAUUCUCAUCGAGCUCGAAGCCGCGCGCGAUGCGCUGCAAGCUGAACUCCACCGUGUUUCGGCUUAUCCCAUUUUGGAGCUCCCUCUCGAGCUAACUGCCGAAAUCUUUCUUCGUUGCCUUCCCGAUAGUUCGAUGGCCGCAAACGACUACAAGGCGCUGUUCAAUCUGGUCAAAGUCUGCAAGUCGUGGGCCCAUGUGGCUUUUGCGACGCCUGCGCUUUGGCGGUCCCUUCGUUUGGAUGUUUUUGAAUGGGAGGGCGAGGAGCUUGUGGACGUUCUUUCGACAGGGCUUCGCAGCGGUCUGCUGAACCUGUCAAUCUCAGGCAACUUAACUUCGCACUCUCAUCAUCGCCAACUUAUCACAACUGUUGAAACCCACUCGUCCCAACUCUCGCUUUUAUCGUUUACGAUUCCUCCUGAAGAGUUCCCGCUGUUGAUUUCAAAACGAUUUGAUUUGAGACAGCUGCGAGAACUGCGACUGGUCGUUCGAGAAGGGGAUUACGAGCCUCUCCGAACCGUCGACCUCAAGGAUGUGUUUGUUGUCUCCACGGAGCUCUAUCGGGUCUUUCUUGACGGUAUCCCGCUGACUGCGACUAAUUUGCCAUGGGACCAGCUCACCGAAUUCGAAUGCAGAGUAUACUCUCCAAACGAAGUUCUUGAUGCUGUGGCGCUUUUGCCCAACCUUAUCCGCCUCAUCAUCACACUCUCUUUGGAAUCUGCGGACCCAGAGCGCUCCCCCGCCGAACACCAGGUUACGCACACGAAUUUGCGGCACCUCUCCGUCUCGGAACUCGCCGUCCCUCGCCAUGAAGCCCACAUGCUUGAUUAUUUCACCCUUCCGAACCUCGAGACUCUAGUCGCCGGCAGAAUCGAAGAGAGCACACUGCAAGGAUUUCUGGAGCGCUCCAAAUCCCCUCCUCUUGUCCAGCUCAAGUUCUAUGACAACUGUUGGGACCCUUACGAAGCAAUUUUCACAUCACUACCUUGUCUUGCUGACUUGGCCAUCGAAUUCCCGUCCCCCAAUCUCAUCAAUACACUCGCCGAUUUACUAACGUCAGAUGAUGUGUUUCUGCCUAGUCUUGACAGGAUUUCCAUCGAGUGGAAGGGGAUUGACGGCCUCGACGCUUUUGUAGAGCUCGUUGCUCUCGCUGUUCAGACACGAAAUCACAAGGCAGAGGACCAUGGUUCAGUGAAGCGAAUCCAAUCUCUUGCUUUGACAACCACACUCCAACUCCCCGAAUGGAAUACCUUGACAAUACCAGCCGAGUAUCUGACAACAUACCGUGAACUAAAGAAUGACGGCGUGCACAUUCAUGUUGGGACUCCAGAAUUUUGUUUUGUCAACGGUCCAAGGUCUUGUUCCCAAACGAUGACUUCACAGAGAACAUGUUUCUGUUGA